AUAAAGAGGGGUACAACGACGAGCUUCGUCAUACGAGAAGGGUUCGACGACAACGAGAAGAAGAGAUGAGUAAAGUCGGCCCUCUCAGUCUAGCGGUGGUCGCGGCGCUCCUGGCCGUGACGAUUCUACCAACCGCAGUCAAUGGCUGUGCCUUCCUGGCCGCCUGGAGAUGGGACAAUUUCGACGUAGAAAACAUACCAAGGCCAAAACCGGUGGCAAAGAAGAGAGCCUUACCGGUGGCAAAGAUUGACCUGAAUGAUGUAGACCCUAUACGAAGUCUGGACAAGCCACAUGUUCGCAAGAAACGGGCGCCGCCUUUUCAAGACCAUGAUGCCUUCGAAAACAGCAUCAAACAAAAGGCAGCCCAGGUCCAAAGAGGAUUUCAUGACGAGACAAAUCGAGGUCGACGUGAGGUGAUAGACGAUGUUGCACAGAAGCCCCUCCUGCCCAGGGCAGUCCAUCGCGACCGUCGUUACUUUGAGGAAGAUGUCGUAGAGACCCAACAAGCGAACAUAGAACCAAAAGCAGUUCAUCGCGAUCGUCGUAAUUAUGAAAACGAUGUCCACUCAGAUCCUGAUAUCCAGAUCAAAUCAGAACCGUUGCACCGCGAUCGUCGAGACUACGAAAACGACGUCCACCCAGUUCCUGAGAUCCAAAUAAGAUCAGAACAAGUGCCGCGAGGUCGCCGGGAAGCUGAAGAGGAGCACAUCCUGCCCGUAGCUGCUCAACUCAGUGAACCAAAGUUCGAAGACUUUGACCGGCAACGUCGAGAAGAACCUAAAGUGGUGGAACCUAUCGUCCAACAGAAGCCUCACGGUCAACAUAUCCUGUCCGAAUACCCAUACAGGAAGCGGCGUGAACCAACGGGUAUUUUCGGGGAAACAGCAGAACAUUCAGAACACAAGGAACAAACAAACGACGGAUACUCUAGCUCUAAUCAGCGACACCCACGUGCUUCAGAGGAUUCUUAUCAGAACAACCGAGACAACAUGUUUGAGCAAGAAGAUGUCUGGAACCUCCAUAGCACAGUCUACAAGUACCCUGUGUAUGGAUAUGCUUCAGCUAACCAUGGUCCCCUACGUGGGAAGAGACAGACGGUUUACAGUUCAAACGGUCAAGGUAAUGGAAAUGGUAAUGGAAAUGGAAAUGGAAAUGGAAAUGGAGGUGGAGGUCAAGGUGGAGGACCCAACGCACCUGGAAAUCCAAAACUGUCAUUUGCCACGUGCGAUCAGAGUUUGUUUGAGUUGUCCUGUUCAUCGGGCGGACGGUUGAAAAUCAUCAAUGCCAUAUAUGGACGGGAGGCUAAUGACCGAACCACCUGCGACUACGGCAACACGGAUGUCUCUAGUGUAACUGACCAUCCAAAUACAUGCUACAGGCAUGUGGAGUCUGCACUGAGAAGUAGGUGUCACAACCAGCCAUCAUGUCAAUUUACCGUCAGCGCAGCAGUCGUCCAAAUUUAUGGAGACAUCUGUCCCGGAGUCACCAAAUAUCUGCAUGUGGACUACAGAUGUACAGGAGAACUUGAUGCAUGCACGAACCCAAACAACCCGGCUAACCCAUGUAACCAAGGUGUCUGCGUCGGAAACAUGUGCGAAUGCCCAAACGGAUAUACAGGGGACUUCUGUGAACAAGCGAAUUGCCAGCCGCCGUGUCAGAAUGGUGGGCAGUGUUUCGAUCCCAACCAACCCUGUGUGUGCCCAGCAGGAUCAGGGUGGCAAGGGUAUCGUUGCGAGGAACCCAUCUGUACCAACCCAUGUGUGAACGGCACUUGUUCAUCACCAGACACUUGUACCUGUCUGCCUGGUUAUGACGGACCUGUAUGUGACUCUCCCGUUUGCAAUCCAGCUUGUAUCAAUGGGUUGUGCAUUGCUCCUGAUGUCUGCAGAUGUACUGAAGGAUGGUAUGGGGAACAUUGUGAACUAGCUAUUUGUUCAAGGGAGUGCGCGAAUGGUGGCGUGUGCACCGCACCAGAGUCCUGUACAUGUCGCCGCAACUUUGCCGGACGUUACUGUGAAAUACCAACAACUACAAAUGAGACAUUGAACAUCCACAGAAGCCAAGACCACAGAGGGAGGUAUGCAACUGUUUUCGGGCGUUGUGGGCAGACCAACCUGAUCACCAUAGAUGGAGUCAUGCUGACAGACUUUCCCGGCGACUGUGAAUACAUCUUUGUCUGUGAUGAUAUCCUUCACAUCCAGGUUUUUGUGAAAAGGGAGCCCUGCAUUGAGAACUCACCUGACUGUUACCGUUCAGUUCGGAUCGUUAACUUGGGAUCGGAUUACCCAGUCUAUUUGCGACCACAUCAUAAGGUCUACUAUGGAAAUGAAGAGGUGGAUCUACCAGGCCAAAGGUCCGGAAUAACAUUUGAGAUCAAUGGCGACUGGAUCCGAACAACCAUCCGAGACCGGGACGCCAGGAUGGAGAUCUGGUACGACGGCGAGGCCACGGUCACGGCCGAGCUGAGCGAUCAGUACGAAGGGCGAGUACAAGGUCUCGUUGGCACCUACGACGGAAUCAAGACGAAUGACAUCAUCGGCAGAAAUGGACAUCCUGUGCAUGGAUUCACUCCUCGAAUGAAACCAUCUCUUACUUCAACCAUUGGAAGGCUGACAUUACAUGUCCCAACGUGAAUCUUGAAGCUGCCAGUGCCUGCGACGACCCAAGGUUCACCAGGGAAAUGCUUGAC